CCUCCUCACUGUGUGCUCUCUCGGAAUACUCAUUUCUAUUUCUUACAUAUUUGCAUCGCAUUUUCGCCCCAGGUUAGUCGGUUAGUUGUUUCUGAGAUCAUUUCUCGGCCAGAUGUAAGUGAACGUGCCAGUUGCAUCGAAAAGUGGUCAGCCAUUGCAGACAUAUGCCGGUGCAUGCAGAAUUACAAUGGAGUACUGCAAAUCUGCGCCGCCCUGGUGAACAGUUCUGUGCAUAGGUUGCGGCGAACAUGGGAGCGUGUUAACAAGCAGACUCGAGCUUCGGUUGACAGACUUCAAACACUGGUUGCCUCAGACGGAAGAUUCAAAAACAUGCGAGAAGCCCUGCAUCGAUGUGAUCCACCAUGCAUCCCUUAUCUAGGAAUGUAUUUAACAGAUCUCUCCUUCAUUGAAGAAGGAGCCCGGAAUUCGAAAGAAAAUCAUCUUGUAAACUUUUGCAAAAUGAGAAUGGUGAGUGAUUUUGGAAAAAUGAAUCAAAAGAAUGCAAAUGACACGGAAUAA